CUGGCGAUAAAUCGCCUGUCAACUAGUAGUUGGUCGCACAUUAGUCGGCGAUUAAUCGGCCUACAUAUAAAUUAGCAGAAAAGUUGGUCGGCCGACAAAAAAAGUUGGUCGUCGAUUAGUCGGCCCACAAAAAGUUAGUCGGCGAUUAGUCGCCCCAGGAGAAGUUGGUCAACGAUUAGUCGCUCCACGUAAAGUUAGUCACCGAUUAGUCGGCUCGUUUGCCUGAGUUUUUUCAUUUCGUUUUUUCGGUUUUUAGCAGAAAAAACGCGUAUUUUGUGGUCUAAAGUGAGUUUAAAAUGAGAAAUAAUUGAUGAAAUCAUUUUCAGAAUGGGGAAAAGGCUGAACGAUGGUUCGGAUGGAGAUGAAUCACAGGAUUCGAAUGAUGCUGGUUUAAAACGUCGCAAAAUCACAUUCGAAUCGGUUCGUCUUCCCGCCGUCAGUGGAGUGAAUGAUAUAAAUAAUCGAUCGAUUAAUUAUAAAGCUGCUAAAUUGGCGCAACAAGUCAAGUAUAAAAAUAUGAAGAUCGCCGAGUUAGAACGCGAAAAUGAGCGAUUAAAGAGGAGGCAAGAAACGGACGAGGAAAAUUUCUAUAAAAUUCAUCGAAUAGGUCUAGAUGUAAGUUUCUUUUUCUUGCUUUUAAUUUAAUUUAACAUCAAUACAAAUAUUGGUUUCAGAUGGAAUCACAAGUUUAUAAUGCAAUGCGUUCCGAAAUCGAUUCACUUGUCAAACUUGAAGGAGAAGAUGAGAAUUUGGGAACAAUGGAUUUGUUGCAAUUAGAUUCAGAACAACUUGAGAAACAGUUUGGAAAACAAGGCGAAAGAAUUAUAAAAUUUUUGCAACUUUUGACGCAGAGUCGACAGAAACGAGUGGAACGACAGAAAACUUUUAGCAAAAAAUUAAUUGCGUUUAUUGAAAGUAAGCCAGGAAUCUCAUUAAUAAAUUUAAUUUUGAAUUUUUCAGAUGAUCCUUCAACAUCUGCAGAGACUGCAACUAGCGAACUUGCGACUUUCAAUCAACAAAUCAGUGAAGAAAAUGUGAAAUUGAUCGCCGAAAACACACGUCUUCAACACGAAAACACCCAAAAUCGCUCAAAACUUCGUCAAAAACAAGACGAAUGCGAAAUUUUGCAGAAUAAACAAGAGGAAAUAUUAAGAGAACUUGAAGAUGCCAAAUAUGAAACGGAUAAAAUGAUGAGAACUGCUAAUAAAUAUGAGACAAGGUUGUGUAGUUUGGCAGUCGAAUUGAAAACAGCGACGGAAAAUAUGGCAAGUGGAAAAGCUGCAGGAAAUUCGCCGAGUUCUUCAGGACCACCGGCGAAGAAAAUGAAUGGAGGAGGAACGCAUUCAAAUGGAUCGCCUGGAACGGUUAUUGAUACUGUUGAGGUAAGGAUUUGGGGGAUGUAGAACAUGCUUGUGUCGGAUACGCGGAAAUUUCCCGGAUUUUUUUAACCGGAAAAUUCUUGAUACGAAAUAUCAUUCAAAACACAAUUAUUUACUAAAUAAAUCCAUUAAAAAAUUAUAGAACUGGAUUAAAUCUGUUAUAAAAGUUAUUGAAUUUUAAAAUUUGAACCUGAUUUUUCAAACGUUUUAGAUUUAGUUAGAAAUUCCCCCGUUUUGUGAACAUAUGAAUUUCCUAGCCAAACGCUCCGAUUUUUUGCAGGUUGAAACAAUUCGAGUAGAACGAGAUGAACAAGCUGAAUUGGCAAAUCGAAGAUUACAAGAAAUUGUGGAUCUCAACACGAGAAUUCAAAAAUUAUCAUCGGAAAUUGUGAAACUGAAGGCGAUCAAUGUAAGUUUUUUAUAGCGAUUUUCAGUCAGCUUUGAGAAAUUCGUGGUUUUUUAGGAAAGUGCAAUCUCAUCGGAGCGAAUUUACAACAGUGAAGAAUACAAAAACCUGAAAGCUUAUUAUUCGUUGUGUGUUAUGGAAUUGGAAAAGAAAAGGUUGGUACACUUCUUAAAUUCCAGGGAAAAUUGAUUUCAAAAAUUCAAAAAACUCUGGUUUUCUCUAUAAAAAUGUUCAAAUUUCAUUCAUUUUUUUUUUCAGUAAAACGUUGAUUGAUGUAAUUGAAGAACGUGAUCGUAUGAGAAUGGUUGUUCAAAAUCGUUUGGCUGCCGAUCGAGAAAAUCAAGAAAAAGCUCAACUAAAAACGAUGGAAGUGAAUGAAAAGACGAGUAAAGAAUAUCAGUCACUGAAACACGAUUAUGAUAUAUUACGCACUGAGUUUGAACAAACUAUAGUGCAGAAUAAUCAUUCUCUUGCGGUUAGUACUUUUGUGUUUUUUGGGAGGAAAUUUGGAUUUUUCGGAAAACUUGUUUAUUUUUCUGGGGAAUUUAAUUUUUCUUCUCUCAAAUUCCUAAUUUUUUAGGAUGCAAAACAACAAGAUAUUCGUCCAAUCAUGUCUUCUCUCAAAACCCAAAAUCAUGUUCUCAAACAAGAAGUUGCAAAAUACAAGAAAAAGUGGCGAGAUAGUGUAAAUAACUAUUCAAAAACCCAAAGAGAAUAUGAUUUGUUGAAGAAGAAAAUGGAUAAUAGUUUGGUUUUGGCAUUAGAUGAAUUCAACAAAGAUGACACAUUACAAUCACCGGAACAAAGUAAUGAAGAUGCUGAAUGUAGUAGAAAUGAGGUAACGGAUUUGAAGAAAAAGGAGGAGGGAUUUAGAUUCAUUAAAAUAUUGGGAAAAAAAUUUAGAAAAAAAAAAUUUUCAGAGGAAAAUUUGUCUCCAAUUUUUUCCUGAAAAUCUAAAAAUUAUUUGAAAACUACAAAUUAGAAUUUUUUCGAAAGAACUUUUAAAUGUUCUUUAAAAAUUGACAAUUUUCAGCUUAUUCGAUUGCGUUCCGAAAACGAAGUAAUGCGGAAAGAAAUGCGCGCCCACGGAAAUGCGGAUCGAGCCGAAAAACAACGUUUCUUCGAAAAAGAAUUCCAAUCAAAUAUGUCACAGAAAUUAGCGGAACUCGAAAGACUUCGAAAAGAUAAUGAAAGAUAUGAUAGUGUUGAAAAAGUAUUAAGUGAAGAAUUGGAAAGUAUUGGACAAGCACUUGAAGAAUUACAAGAACAAAAUGGUUUAUUAAUUAGUGAAAAACGAGCAAAAGAGGAUCAAGUAUUGAAAUUAAUGAAUGAACGCAUUUUGGAAAGAUCGAAAAAUCAGAAGUUGCAUGAUGAAAAUGUGAGUAUUUUUUAAAACUAAAAAUACAAUCAAAAUGUUUAUCUCAUCCAUAAAUUGUGAUUUAUAACAUAACUUAAAGUUAUAGUUGAAAUGAAAUUUUGGACCUGAAAAUCAACUUUUUCAGCCAAAAAGUUUGAUUUUUCAUGAAAAAAUUGACAAUAAUAUCGUAAUUUCUCAUCAAAAAAUGAUUAUUCUGCAUGAAAAUUUUAAACACAAAACUAUUCUCAAAAAUUCACUGAAAAUAUCAGCAAACUUUUGUUUAAAGUCUAAAUUUUUGUCGCAUACUAAUUUUAAUGAAACACCGAAAUUUUAAACAAAAUAAAUGAAUUUUUAUCCAAAAAAAUUAACUGUUUCAAAAUGUUGUUAAUUGUUUUGCAAGAUCUUUUAUAAAUUUCAACCUUUUUUCUUCAAGACACAUCAGCCACUGGAAAAAACAGAUUUCCCGCAUUUAUUUUCAAAUGACAAAAACAGCAUGUGCGCUCUAUUGCUUCGUUGUGUGCAAACUCUCUCGAAAAUCCCGUCGGCUGAGCGAUUUUAAAAACAAUUAUUUUGUUUUUUUCACUUUUGCCAGACUCAAAAUUUUUCUUGAUUUUUAUGAAUUCCGAUUACUUGAAAGGUGUUAUGAAAGAAUAACAAACUCAUUUUCUGUUCAUUUCUAGUGGAUUGUGUGUCUUUCAAGUUUUGCACGAUCACUAUGACGUAGCAAUUACAAAAAUCAAUCAAUUAAUUAAUCAAAUCAAUGUUUCUUCUUCUUGCAGAAAACUCUAAUCAAAAUGCGAUCAGCUGAAGAGGCCACAAAUACUCUGCUAAAUUAUGAGCUGAAAACAUUGAGAUCUGAAAUUGAGGCGCAUACGAAAAAUUGGGAAUUUAAAACAAUGGAGAAUUCGUGAGUUUUUUUGAGUUGAAGAUUGAAAUUGAAUAUUUUUACUGUUUCAAAAAAGGAAUUUUUGAUAUUGUUUUUGUGUAUUUCAGUAAAACCUUCUUAAUUAAAGAAUAAAAAACAAUCUUCAUUUUCUGUGAAAUAUUUUUUCACUGUUUCAAAAAAAAUUACCUUUUUAAGAAUUUUGGUUGGUUUUUUCGGCUCCAAAACCUUUACAAUUUUACCUCGAAAAGGUCCCUAAUCCGUUUUUUUUUCUUCAGAAAAAUGACAAUUGCACUGGAAAACAAUCGAAAAAAGUUGCAAGAUCUCGGAAAUUCUCGCGAUGAUUUACAAAUUCGCUACGAAAAACACGAAUCACAAUUGAAGCAUAUUCAGGAAUUGUUGAGCCAAAAAGCAUCACAAUUGGAAGCGAUUUCGCAUAAGAAAAAUCGAUUGGAAGAGGAGUCAAAUUUGUUGAGGUUAGGAAGAGAAUUGAAAAAAAAAUUAUAUGAAAUCAUUUAGUUUUGAAAAUAUUUUUUUCAAUUUUCAGCUCGAAAUUUUAUAAAUCUACUAUCUACUAAUUGGGAAAAUUUUUUUGGCAAUAGUGUGUCCGGGUCCCGUUCUCCAAACUGUGUGCAUAAAAAUUGAUGAUCAAAAAAAAGAAAAAGUUUCUAAAUGUUGGCAGCUCGGUGCGCAUCCUAUUCAUUCUUUCUCAAAAUGUAUGUGAGUGCGCGGAGAGUGAAAAGUUUGAAAAUCUCAAUGUAUUUUCCGCAUUUAAAAUGUGUCGCUCGACUUUUCUCAAUUUCCAGAAGACCAUUUUUGAUGGGACCUUCACCAUUAAAUUCCAAAUUCUUUCCCAUCGAGGCGCUAAUAUUCGAUUUUUCAAAAAAUGCGCGAGUUUUCACGUGAAAAUUCAAAACUUUUUCAUGUAAAAAAGAAUGAUCACGUUUUUAUUCCAAAAAAAUUAAAGGACACGUUUCUUAUCUGAUCUUUCUGUUUUCUGAAAAAAGUGAACAAUUUCUGGGCAUUUCUCAAUGUUUCUCUUUCCCUAACCGGAAAAUUAAUCAGUAAAACGUAAAUCAAACUACUGUAGAUGGCGUUAGACAGCGAAGCCCUUCUAGUUAUAGAUAAUAAUUAAAUUUUUAAUUUCGGACAAAAUAUUCAAUAAAAUUUAAAAAUCUAAUUUUCAAACCAUAUUUUUGCAGAAAAAAAUACGAACGAAUCCAAAAAUCGGAAAAAUACGGUGGAAGUACAGACGCGGUUUUGGUUGAAGAAAAUCGACAACUCAAAGAAAUUCUAACAUGUCCGUCGUGUAAAACAAAACCAAAAGAUUGUAUUAUGAUCAAAUGUCAUCAUUUCUUUUGUGAAUCGUGUAUUAAAACCAGGUUAGUUUGGGAAGUGGAUUUAUGGGUCAAAAUUGAAAUUUGCUUUAAAAAAUAUUUGACUGUUUCACGAAAUUGAUGAAUUUUGAUAAACAUAUUCAAAUACUAAAAUAAAUAGUUGGAUUUUCUGUUAAAUUUUUUUCACUGUUUCAAAAACAAUAAGAUUUUUGGUUUUUUCGAUAUGAAAAAAAUCUUCUUAACAGCCAAAAUGAAUAAUAAUUUUUAUUUUUUGAAUAAGUUAACAUUUUUCACUGUUUCAAAAAACGAAUUAAUUUAGAAAUGUUCGAUUCCAACAAAUAACACAUUAUUUACUAUUGUGGAUUUUAAACCAAAUUCAAAGUUUCAAUAUUUUUCAGAUACGACACGCGUCAACGAAAAUGUCCAAAAUGUAAUAGCGGUUUUGGCGCCAACGAUUUUCAUCGAGUAUUUUUCUAG